AUGCACUUGCCUGCCGUUGCUUUUGCCGAUGGGAUUCAGAGUGUUUCAAUUUGUUCCGCUUCGGUGACGGUGAAGAUGACAACAGCAGAGUCGCUUCGUGCGCUUGGUGGUUUGGCGACCAUACCACACUUGAACCGUGGCCCAUAUUUUGCCGAACCUCCAACACCAGACGAAAAAGAUUUUGGUCAAGGUUUAGCUCGAAAGUUUGGUCCGCGCAAAACCGUGUUCGCGCUGAAACCUCUGCUAGAUGUUCGGUCCCGUCUGGAGUUUGCUCAGAAUAUGCCGCGUGAUACGUGGCAGGAGAAUUGCCACUUGCGCUGGGAUUUUCUUAAGAAUCGGCGUGCCGUAAUUCCAGAAAACGAUGGGAAACGACUUGGGAUACAUGUAUAAAAAUUUUAUCUACUUCUUGUUCUAAUUCUUAUUCUUGCUGGUUUCAUCUGGUUCAUGCAUGUGCAUCUUCGUGGCCCUUACUUGCAACGCGUCACCAAAAGAUAAUAUGACUGUUCGUGAUUUUAUCUUACUGUUAUGAAGUAGUUCUUGUUUUCGGUUAAUCUUCCUUAACGUCUUUUACAGGUGGAGAAUGUUCUCAGUUUUGGGACGAUAAUUUUUACUGGGACAGUCGACAGCAAUGCGCUGCAGUUGUGGCGUGAAGGUUUGAAGAAGCACAAGAAUUCGAG